UCGAAGAUUGUGCUCUGCUUUGGUGGCUGACGGCGGGGUCCCCCUGCGCGGGAGAGGCGAGGCUGAGGAGCCGCAGUUGAGGGACUCAGCACCCCCCACACACACACCCCGCCUGCUCGCCCCUCCCUACGAGGGCUGCCCACCUAAGACCGGCCUGGAACAGGUGGUUCUCGAAACUACCUCAAGGUGUAGUUCCAACUCCAGUUUGCUCUCCCAGUUUAUGUGGAUGCCUAAGGCCCAGCUGGUUUCUCUUCAGCUCUGUCAAGUUACUACACCAUGGCGGACCCAUUCGUCUCUGAAUGUCCUCACAUGACUUACAGUCAGAAAAUGCAAAGGCCUCCAAAAAACAUUGAAGAAUUCUUAAAGUUUCAAAAUUUGGAUUAUUGGCCAAGGAAAAUUACUCUUAGAGAUAUUGAUGAAUGUUCACACACUAUGAAGAAAAUAAAAGAAGAUAGUUCAUUUGCUUCGAUUUAUACACAUUUAUGGGGAAAUGUCCCUCGAAAAUAUGAAGCAUUCGCAAUAAUGGAGACAAGAUUAGAUGAAUGUUCAUUUCACUUGAAAAAACAUGCCUCUAAAAUAUUGGAGUGGAGCAACAUCAUGUACAGGACAAGUUCUUAUGAAAAAUUGCAAAGAUACAGGGCACGUCUAGCAAAAUAUCAUAAGAAGAAGAAAAUAAUGCUUUCAGAUGAAAUGAUGACAAAGAAGAAUAUAGAGGGUUCCAGCUUCUCAGGAUUCAAAUCAAAUGAGCUUACUCGACUACCCAGACAUUUGGAUGCUGAACGAAUUUAUCUUUUUAUUUUAAAAACCCAUAACUUUGAUGAAAAAGUUUUUAAAAUUUGGAAGACUCAUUUUCUCUCACCAGCCUCUAUUGCUCUUUUGCAUGAUUCAUUUUGGUGGUGGUUUCUCCAUAAAUUUAAGCCUGACAGACAAAAUCAAGAUUUCUUGUUUGAUAGAAUUUCAGAAAGUUAUGUGAUUCUCUUCAUGAGCAUACCAGUAAGUCGAAAGGAUGCAUUCUUUCAAGUGUAUCCUGAUUGUUUGGCACAAGCUAUCUAUGCAACGUUUCAGGAAGCAUUUCCAGAAUCCAGUAAUCUCUUUAAUGAUGAAUUUAAAGAAGAUCUAGGGAAUAACAUUUCUCUUUGGUUGACAGGUUUAAGGCCUCAAAAAGGUUUUUGGACCCACUGGAAACUAAAUGAACUCUCCACAACAACCAUACAUGGUAGCAAGAAAGUACCUUCAAAAUCUCUAUUGGACAGUAUACUACAGAGUCAAGAGCGCAUAACAACUUUUUCUGGCUCACAGCUUCCAAAAGCCUUGGAACUUUCUGUGUUGAGAGUGAUAAAGGUGUCUCUUAUUAAUGUUAAUGAAGCCAUAAACUUCAAUGUAAUGAAAAUUUUGAAAAACCCAAGAGCAUAUGCAAUGUCUGCAUCCAGAGAAGACUCAGGAUUACCAAAACUGACAGCAAAGUCCCAUUAUUGUGGCAUUGGCCCAGAAUUUAACCAUGCGCUGUUCAGUUUUGGAGGUCUGAGUCCACUGAUUUUGUAUUACCUGACAAUACAUGAGGUUCCUGGUGUUUCUAAAAUCCCUAGACAAACUAAGAUUAAAUUCACCGGAAUAUAUAAAGAACCACCACCUGCUCCAACUUACCGUGAUGUUAUAAAGGAAGCAAAAAGACAAUUUGCAAAGAACCGAAAGGAUUUUCGAAUGGAAAAACACAGGAUUAAUGAAGAAAUAAGAUACCUGAAGCUACGGCAGGAAGGAAUUGACAAAGAACUUUAUAGACUCCAAGCAAAGGCUACCAAGAAACCCUAUGAAGCUAAGCUUGACUUUGACAAGUUUCUAUAUAAACUGCGAUGUAAAGAUCGAAUUGAGCAAGAUUUUCUGACUCCACUGUCAUCAUCAUCAUCAUCAGAAUCAUCAUCAUCAAUAGAAGACUACAAGUUGGAGGAAGAUGAAUGCCAAGAAAAAGCAGAAAUGAACCGUAUUUAAGACUAUUGCAUACAAUUUAAUUGUAACAGUAUGUUUAAUUCAAGUUCAGUCCAUGAGGUCAGUAUUGAGUGUCUUUUACCAUUCAUCUUUUAAAAGUCUUAAAAUUAAAAAACUCUUAAAAAUCAGUAAAUCUUAGUAAAUCAUCCUUAAGAGAUCUGUCCAAGCAUAAUCUUGGCUCAUAUUGAUAGAAAACAUAUUUUAAGAUGGAAAAAUAAUCAUUAUGAAGCAUAGAGUGCUUUCAACCAUUUCUUUGGAAAUACAUCUUGAUAAUAGCAACCAUUCAUCAUAAUACAAAACAGAAAGAGGAUUAAUUUACUGUGGCAUACGAAGUCCUGCCAGUUUCUGAAUGCCCUGAAUAGUUUCUCUGAGAUUUUUUACAUUGUUUAGGCCUCAAGGAAAACCAAAGCUCCACCUCCAGGUUUGGUAGCAAACAAACUCUGCUUCUCAGGGGCUAAACUUCCAUCGCUCCUCUGGUAAUAAGCUUCAUGCACGUUUGCUAGGAAGUUGGGCAGCUUGUCGGCAGGUACGAUUGAUACUGUGCAGCCUCCCCAUCCGGCUCCAGUAAGUCGUGACCCUUGGGCCCCAAACUUCCUAAAACAACGAAGAAAAAGAAAAUCAGAACCUGUAAAUGAAAAUGGUAGCUAUUUACCUGAUGCUUAUAGAACAAGUGCUAGGAAGAAAAUAUGUGUUUGUGUUUUGUUUG